GUCAGUUGGUGCGGUUGGACCUGGCGGAGCGACCAUGUCCGCGCUGAGGGAUUGCCAGGCUUGGAGGGAGGCCGGCCUCCCCCUGUCUACUACCAGUAAUGAAGCCUGCAAGCUGUUCGAUGCUACCCUGACUCAGUACGUGAAAUGGACCAAUGAUAAAAGCCUUGGAGGCAUAGAAGGGUGUCUUUCAAAGUUAAAGGAAGCAGAUCCAACUUUUACUAUGGGCCACGUGAUCGCCAACGGCCUGGAGCUGGUUGGCACCGGCAGCUCCGUGCUUCUGGACAAAGAGCUCGACCUGGCAGUGAAGACCAUGCUGGAUCUUGCCAACGGUCAGCCGCUGACCGAGCGGGAGCAACUGCACGUGUCCGCCGUCGACAUGUUUGCCAAAGGGCGCCUUCCCAAAGCCUGCGACCUAUGGGAGCAGAUCUUACAGAAACACCCGACGGAUAUGUUGGCGCUGAAGUUUGCCCACGACACGUACUUCUACCUGGGCUACCAGCCACAGAUGCGGGACUCCGUGGCCCGCGUUUAUCCUUACUGGACGCCUCACAUUCCCCUCAGUAGCUAUGUGAAGGGCAUUUAUUCAUUUGGACUGAUGGAAACUAACUUUUAUGACCAAGCGGAAGUGCUUGCCAAAGAAGCUCUGUCUGUCGAGCGGACGGACGCCUGGUCGGUUCACACCAUCGCCCACGUCCACGAGAUGAAGGCCGAGGUCGAGGCCGGCCUGGAGUUCAUGCAGCGCUCUGAAAGCAACUGGAAGGACUGUGAUAUGCUUGCUUGCCAUAACUACUGGCACUGGAGUUUGUAUCUUAUUGAAAAGGGUGAAUACGAGGCUGCGUUGACAAUUUAUGAUAAUCACAUUGCCCCCAGCCUCUUGUCGAGCGGGGCGAUGCUUGACAUGGUGGACAGCUGUUCCAUGCUCUACCGGCUCCAAAUGGAAGGGGUCCCGGUCGGCGGGAGAUGGGAAGACGUGCUGAAGAUUACAAAGCAGCAUUCCAGAGAUCACAUUCUUCUGUUCAAUGACGCUCACUUGCUGAUGUCCUUCCUCGGAGCCAAAGACCACGAAACCACCAGUGAGCUUCUAGCCACCCUUCAGGAUGUGAGCAACUCUCCCGGUGAAAACAGUCAGCACCUUCUGGCUCGGGGGGUGGGUCUGCCCCUCUGUCACGCCAUGGUGGCAUUUGAGAACGGGGACCACGACAGGGCGUUGGAGCUGCUGCUCCCCAUCCGCUACCAGAUCGUUCAGCUUGGGGGAAGCAAUGCUCAGAGAGACGUCUUCAAUCAGCUACUGGUCCACGCCGCCCUAAACAGUGAGGCGCCGUCCUCUCGGAAUUUGGCUCGGAGCCUGUUGGUGGAGCGGGACGCGCUGAGGCGGAACUCGCCGCUGACGGAGCGGCUCCUCCGGAAGGCAGGGGCGGCCCACCUCCGCGAGUAGGUGCUCGGCCAGCUGGACGACUGUCUGGACGCUCAUGUCCUGUGCCUCCCCACCGCCCUAAUGCCACCCGCCGGCACCACCCGGGCGGAGAGGCCCCGGCCUGCUCCCGGGGCGCCAGUGGAUCCCCCCGCCCAUAGCACUCCUUCAUCAUCAUCAUCAUCAUCAUCAAUCGUAUUUAUUGAGCACUUACUG